UGGAUAAGGAAAGGGAAUGGAAAAGUCUAGGGGGGUGGGGGAUGAAGUUGGAAGGAUUUGGGGUAAUGGAGGGGGUAAAGGGAAUGAAAGAAAGUGCUUAACAAACAACAAAGGGAAUCGGGACAGUUGAUUCCCAUUCCCUUUGUUGAAUAUCCCCAACCAAACGACCCCUUAAUGUAUUUUUAUUCCACGUUUGGUUGACUAAUGUACUUUUUCAGCCUUCAAUUUUUUAGAAUCUUUGUGCCAAAGUACAAUGAAUAAUUCCUAUCUUUUAUUUAAGUACAUUAAAAGUACAACUGUCAAUUUUUUUUUUUUUUUUUGGGUAAUUACAAAUAAUCUUAUUUACGUACGUUUUUCCAUUUUAAAACAUUAGUUUGGUUAACCACUUAAGGUAGUUCCCUCCCAAAUCCCAAUCAAUCAAUUAACCAACAAAUCUUGGUCUCUCUUUGCUUUGACUAUGAGUUUGCUUGUUGACUAUCAGUCGCCAUUUUUCUGGGUUUUCUAAGCUGCUGCUCAUCAAUUUCUUUUCAACUUCCAUCUUUUGUCUUUCCAAAACCAGGAAUUUGAAGUCGAAGUAGAGCUUGUGGACCCAUCAUGAAGUUGGUCUUUUACAUUUUACCUUGAAGCUUCCGAGAUUUCCUUCUGUUUGCAACUUUGCAAGUUCAAUGGAGGACCCUAUUGAUGAGUUGGCGACUAACAUUAAAAAGAAGUGUGAAACACUUUCCCCUCUUUCUUCAAAAUGCUGUAUCUAUAGAAUCCCCACAAAUCUUCGGAAAGUUAAUGAAAACUCAUACACUCCUUCCCUGAUCUCUAUUGGCCCUUUCCAUCGUGGCAAUCAGAAAUAUCAAGCCAUGGAGGAGCACAAAUUGAGAUAUCUACAGAGGUUUAUUCAACGAAAUAGUAACAGGGACUUGGAAGAUUACCUAACUGCGGCAAUGAAAUGGGAGAAGGAAGCUCGAAAUAGUUACUUGGCAACCAUCAAUCUCUCCAGCUUAGAAUUUACAGAAAUGCUAGUGCUUGAUGGCUGCUUCAUUAUUGAGUUCUUCUUAACUUGGCAUGGAAGCACUAUUGAUCCCAACGACCGUAUCUUUCACAGGCCAGCUCUGAGCCAAGCAGUUUUACGCGAUCUUAAACUGCUUGAGAACCAAGUUCCCUUUUUCAUUCUUGAAGUUUUAUACAACAUUGCUUUUGAAGAUGACAUAAAAGCUCCUAGCUUCUUGAAGGUCACUUGUGAAUGUAUGAUAGGCCUUGGCAAGGUCCCUCAGCAUUUCAAGAAGACGAAGAUAUUGCAUUUGGUUGAUUUCCUGAGAACUUACUACCUACCACCAGAGAGGAAAGAGAUCUGCCAUGCGGAUGAAUAUUGGGAAUUCCCUGAUGGGAUUUCCGAACUCUAUGAAUCAGGUGUGACAUUAAAGGUUGAUAAAGAUGAUAAGUUUCUCAAUAUCAAAUUUGAAAAUGGUGUCCUUUAUAUACCCGAGUUAAUGCUGGAAAAUCAUACGGAAUCUCAACUCAGAAACUUGGUUGCCUUUGAACAAUGUCAUUAUCCCCGGGAGUCCUUUGUGGUUGAUUAUGUUCUUUUUUUAGACAGCCUCAUCUAUGACAGGAAAGAUGUAGAAGUCUUGGUCAAUCAUGGGAUUAUACUGAAUUCCCCUGGAAGCAGCGAGGAUGUUUACAGAAUGUUCAGCAAUAUCUCCAAAGGAACGACAUACUCACGUGUAACCUUCUAUUAUGCUGAUAUAUGUAGGUCUCUCAACGAGUAUUGUGGGACUCCUUGGAACCGCUGGAAGGCAAUACUUCGCCAAGAUUACUUCAACAAUCCAUGGUCCAUGAUUUCUACAAUCGCUGCUGUAGUUUUGCUUAUUCUUACUGUCAUACAGACUUACUGCGAUAUUGUUCAACUUCAGUACUGAAUAUCUCAGGUUUCCUGACCAUUCUCUUGGGCUUGCAGAGAAAAUGUGGGUGAGUUUCAGAAACUUUUCGGGUCCCUAUGACUCUACAGAGUAUCAUAAAUCUAUCUUUACAAAUAUUUGUCUGAUGUAUUGCUGUUUGUAGCAAUUUGUAUCAAUUUCAGUAUUUCACUGUCAUAUACAGUAUAUACCAUAUUACUGAUGUAUUGCAGACAAUUCAAUCAAAUUUGAUUCAGCACCUGUAUUAUAGAAAUUUUGGUAUCAUCAA